CUGUACACACAGAUCGCGCGAAUGAUAUCUGUGUGUGUAAUCCAUGGCGGCGUGGCACCUAAUUUCUUUUCAGACAGAUUAUUUAAUCAAAUCUGUGGGAAACCUAGCCUUCCUGCAACCUUGGAAGAAGUGGGUGAUUUCACCUUUAAGGAAAAGCUUUUGGAGAUUAAGAACGCAACAACUGUUGAAGAUGCAAAAGCGGCCAUAGAGAAGGCAGAGGACAGUCUUGCCAUUGUUGGGGCCUGGAGAAACAUCACAACACUGCGACAGCGGGAUGCCCUGGUGCAGUCCGCUGUUGACUUCUUCGUUGAGGGCAGAUUAAAUGUGGCUUUGCAACAGUUCACAGAGGGCUUCAACACCCUAGGCCUCCUCCAGGAUAUUAGGGCACACCCUGAUUUAUUCAGAAAUCUGUUUGUGGAGGAUGUGGAACCUUUAAAAGCUGCUGACCUCUCAGCAGUAUUUCAGGUCAACUUUUCAACACCAGGAACACAUAAAAGAGAGAUCGAAAGCCAGACGAUAUGCUUCUGGAGAGACUGGCUCAUUGAUGUAGAAGAUGGAGAAUGUGCACCUGUGACCUUGGAGAAUGUCCUGGAAUUUGUUUCUGGAUCCUCUUCAAUACCCCCAAAUGGCUUUCUUAUGCAGCCCACAAUCGAGAUUCUUCCAGAGGAUUCUGGCAAGAUUUUUCCUGAGGCAAAUACAUGUAACAUUGUUUUGAAAUUACCAGUGCACAAAGAUUAUCAAUCAUUUAAAGCACAAAUGUGCAAUGCUAUACUUUGGGCACCAACAUUUGGCGUGGCAUAGAUGGACACCAUUUACAUUGUCCAUUUUGAAUACUUCACAGUGCAGAUUUUGAGUUAUUGCUUAUAACUAUUUUAUGUUUCAUAUAGCACUAUUAUGAAAGCUAUGACUGUAAGAUUAAAAGUAAUAGUUCAAUACUCUUUUGUUGUUGAAGGUUUAAAGUUUUAUAGACGGGUAUCAACAGAAAUUAGGA